UUCUCCUUCUCCUUCUUCUUCUUCCUCUAGGGUUUCGGAACAAGUCUCACAAAACCUUCCUCCAUGGCGCCCGAUGCUUCAGACGCCCUCGCAGCGAGGCAGACAGUGCAACAAUUUCUCAACGCCUCUCGCAUUGGAAACAUUGAUCUCUUGAAGAAUUUGGCUGCUAGGCUUGAUGAAGGGAAGGGACUGGCGGGAACUGUGGCUGACAUUAAGGAUGCUAAUAAGCGAGGUGCACUUCAUUUUGCGGCAAGAGAGGGAAAGACUGAGGUCUGCAAGUAUCUGUUAGAAGAAUUGAAGCUCGACGUUGAUACAAGAGACGAAGAUGGUGAAACUCCACUCAUUCAUGCUGCUCGACAAGGACACGCUGAUACUGCAAGAUACCUUAUUGAGUGUGGUGCUAAUCCUGCUAUAGCAAGUGACUUGGGGGCCACAGCUCUUCAUCAUUCUGCAGGCAUUGGAGAUAUUGAGCUGCUAAAGUUUUUACUUUCAAGAGUUACUGAUGUUAAUUCCCAGAGUGAUGCGGGUACCCCUUUGAUUUGGGCCGCUGGUCAUGCCCAACAGGAAGCUGUAAAGCUGCUCCUUGAACACCACGCUAAUCCCAAUGCUGAAACUGACGAUGAUAUUACCCCCCUAUUGUCAGCAGUGGCUGCUGGUUCUCUGGCUUGCUUGGAUUUGUUAAUUCAGGCAGGUGCAAAAGUAAAUAUUAGUGCUGGUGGAGCAACUCCUCUUCAUAUUGCUGCUGAUAGUGGGAACCUUGAGAUUAUAAAGAGUUUGUUACAAGCUGGGGCCGAUCCUAAUGCCACUGAUGAGGAUGUGCUAAGGCCAAUUCAGGUUGCAGCAGCUAGAGGUAGUCGGGCAGCUGUUGAGAUUCUUCUUCCCUUGACUUCAGCAAUUAAGACAAUUCCUAAUUGGACCGCUGAUGGAAUACUUGAGUAUAUGCAGAAUGAAACCAUGAAAGAUCAGGUGACCAGAAAUCUGGAGGAUGUUAGUAUACAUAAAGACUCCACAUCACGAGUUCAGGAUUUGCCCGAGGUGUCGCCUGAAGCAAAGAAGAAAGCCGCAGAGGCCAAAUCUAGAGGGGAUGAUGCUUUCAAUACAAAGGAUUUUCAUACAGCGGUUGAUGCCUAUACACAGGCAAUCGACCUGGAUCCAACUGAUGGUACGUUAUUUUCCAACCGAAGUCUUUGUUGGAUAAGGUUAGGUCAAGCCGAGCAUGCCCUAGCAGAUGCAAAGGCCUGCAGAGCAUUGAAGCCAGAUUGGCCGAAAGCUUGCUAUCGAGAAGGUGCAGCGUUACGUUUGUUGCAGAGGUUUGAAGAAGCAGCAAACUCAUUCUACGAGGGCGUUCAGCUCGAUCCCAACAAUAUGGCAUUAGUUGAUGCUUUCAGGGAAGCAGUUGAAGCUGGGAGAAAGUUUCAUGGCACAGAUAAACAAAAAUCAUAAUCCAGCAUCUAUGGCUGAUUCUAGAGAUGAUCGGAUCUUGGUGGUGGUGAGAAUCCAAUUUUCUUCCCUGUAAUUUAUGUCUUUUUUGGGGUUUUUGGAGGUGUUAGAUACAAUAAUCAAAGUGUUAGAUUUUGAUAGAGAAGUUGAGGUGUGGCAUUCAUGAUGAGCAAACCCUCUUUAGAAUAACUUAAAACCAAUGUUUAUCCUUCUAUUUAUUUGGUAUUAGGUAUUAGUAUCGACGCUCUCAACGUAA